GAGGAAGCGACCUCCUUCACACACACACACACACACACACACACACACACGCUCACUCCUCCCUGCUUCCUCCAAUCACCAAACACACACGCUUUAAUGACUCUCGCAUUUUCCUCCCCCGCCGCAACCGUCGCCGUUGCUUCUGCAACCGUAACUUCCUCCGCUAGAGUUCCGCCUCUUCGCGGCUUCGUUUCCUUCCGAUUAACCGCCAAGAAGCAGCUUCCUCUUCGUUCGCACGGCGGCGGUGUGAGAGCGGUGUCUGAGCUUGUUCAAGAUAAGGAAUCAGUCGUCGCGGCUAGCACUUCCUUCAGUGCUGCUACAGAGACGAAUAACAAGACGCCGAGUGAGCUCAACCACUCCCGUACCUUCUUGGAUGCGCGAACUGAACAAGAUCUAAUAUCUGGAAUAAGGAAGGAACAAGAAGCUGGAACGUUGCCUCCUAAUGUUGCUUCUGGGAUGGAAGAACUUUAUUGGAACUACAAAAAUGCUGUUUUGAGCAGCGGAGCUUCCAGGGCAGAUGAGACUGUUAUAUCAAACAUGUCUCUUGCUUUCGAUCGCAUGCUUCUUGGUGUUGAGCAUCCUUAUACUUUUAAUCCGUAUCAUAAAGCAAUCAGAGAACCAUUUGACUACUUCCACUUUGUCCAUACUUACAUCCGUCCCCUCAUUGAUUUCAAAAACUCUUACGUUGGAAACCUUUCUAUUUUCUCUGAGCUGGAAGACAAGAUUCGGCAGGGACACAAUAUCGUGUUAAUAUCAAAUCAUCAAAGUGAAGCUGACCCAGCUGUCAUUUCACUCUUACUUGAAGCGCAAUGUCCAUACAUAGGAGAGAACAUUAAAUGUGUGGCAGGUGAUCGAGUUAUCACUGAUCCUCUUUGUAAGCCGUUUAGUAUGGGAAGGAAUCUGAUAUGUGUGUACUCGAAAAACCACAUGAACGAUGAUCCUGAGCUUGUUGAUAUGAAAAGAAAGGCAAAUACACGAAGCUUAAAGGAGAUGGCGACACUGCUAAGGUCUGGAUCCCAACUUAUAUGGAUUGCACCAAGCGGUGGAAGGGACCGCCCAAAUCCUUCUACGGGGGAAUGGUUUCCUGCACCCUUUGAUCCUUCUUCGGUGGACAACAUGAGAAGACUGGUUGAACAUUCUGGCACUCCUGGACAUAUCUAUCCAAUGUCUUUGCUUUGCUAUGACAUCAUGCCCCCUCCACCCAAAGUUGAGAAAGAAAUUGGAGAGAGAAGAUUAGUUGGGUUUCACGGUACAGGACUAUCAGUUGCUCCUGAAAUCAGCUUCUCAGAUGUCACCUCAGACUGCAACAGCCCUAACGAGGCGAAAGAAGCAUACAGCCAAGCUCUGUACAAGUCGGUGAAUGAACAGUACACGACUCUUAACUCUGCAAUCAAGCAGGGAAGAGGAAUAGAAGCGUCAACUUCAACGGUCUCUUUGUCACAACCCUGGAAUGAAUCUCUCAGUGUUUAGGGAUACUCAAUCAAUGGAACAAAAGUACGAAAAUAUACUCCAAAGCCUCUCCCUGAUGAAAGAAAGAAACACAGGUUCCCUUUGUUUUUUUUUUUUUUAACGUAGGAAACAAAAGUUGGUUUGUGUACAUAUGAAUAGCGAGCUCUUGCUAGGCUCUUUUUAGAUCACAUAUGCCUUCUUCAUAUGUAUUAUUCUUUUCUUUUAUAUAGAGCCGCCGAAUGGAUAAUUCACAAUAUCA